UGCAGCAGCAAACGAGGGACACGUGGAUAUGGUCAAGGUGCUUCUUGAGAAAGGGGCCGAUAUCACAACUUUGGGUAUGUUUGGGAGGACGCUAGUCUAUUCAGCUGCAGAGGGGGGACACGUGGAUGUGGUCAAGCUACUUCUUGAGAAUGGUGCCCAUAUUGCAACUCCGGAUAACGACGGGUGUACGCCAGUCUUUGCAGCAGCAAAGGAGGGACACGUGGAGAUCGUCAAGCUACUUGUUGAAAAUGGAGCCGAUGUUACAACUCCUAAUGACGACGGGUUGACGCCAAUCUGUGCAGCAGCAAGCCACGGACUUAUCGAGGUGGUCAAGCUACUUCUUGAGAAAGGGGCCGAUAUCACAACUCCGACUAACUCCGGGUGUACGCCAGUCUGUGCAGCAGCAAAGAAGGGACACGUGGAUGUGGUCAAGGUGCUUCAUGAGAAUAUGGCCGACAUCCCAACUUAACUCUGGCUCUGGCUCCGUGCAAUAAAAUCCAGAUUUGUUGGAGGGAUAGGUGGAAUUUACUGGAGUACCACCUGGGCGAACGCGGCACAUGUAGUUUGCCCAAGGGCGUUCAUUUCUGUAAAAAGUGCUACUAUAUAGUCCUAUCAUCUUCAUUCUUAGUGCGCCAAAUGUCAUAUCUCUGCAU